GGGGUCGGAGGAGAAGCUGUUAGUCAGUCGGCGCAGUCGCUCGCCGCGUUUUAUGCAACCAGUCUUGCUUCGGAGCGAGUGAAUCUACUUCACCAGCCUUUGACAGACGGGGGAAAGCGUGUGCAGUGGCAUUGGUGUCCGUCUGGCCGCUCUUGCUGGUCGGUCCUUGUCAAUCGUACGAUUCUGACUAUCUCGACGGGGCAACCGAUUCGGCCCGAUUCGGUUUUCUUCGUGCCUGAGACAUAGUACGAUUGUGUAAACGACCGUACUACGUAUAGCGUAUUCUCGUCAGUUGCGUGCGCUGACUUUGCCUUGCCGGCGAGAGCAAGCCAGGUUCCCGAAAGGCGGUGUCGAUUUUCUGUGUGUACGACACCAUUGCCAUCGCAUAUCAAGUUUUUACAUACGGUCCCGUAGCUCGGUAGUACGGUUGCGAGCUCGUGUCUACCGAUCGAGUGCCAGUGCGACGUCAGUCGGGCGUGCUACACGGGUGUAUUAUCCACGACUGUGUUGUACCUAAAGAAGUGUGUAUGUGCGUAACGUGUGCGUAGAGGAAAACAAAUUUGUCGCUGCUGGGGGAAGAGAAAGAUAGACGGGCGCGGCGGGGUGGGAGAACCGAGGCGGCCGUGAAUCCACCGAUACGUGGCUGCGUUCACGCCGCCGCAUAUCCUACACGGCACGGAGGCACGAAACACACAACGACGUCAGCCCAGACCACGGGAGGAGAGAGGCGCGUAUCAGCACGCCUUCCAAAUUAUUGCGAAUUCUCGUAGCUUCAACGCGCCUUUUGGCGCGUACACCAUCCUCGUUCGGUCGACUUCCUCGACCACCUCGUCGCCACUAUGGCGGACGACGAGGUUCUCUUUGACGAGGUUUACGAGCUCUGCGAGAUUAUCGGCAAGGGACCAUUCAGUGUUGUUCGGAAAUGCAUUCAUCGGCAGACGGGGCAGACGUUCGCCGUAAAAAUAGUCGACGUUGCAAAGUUCACCUCCAGUCCUGGUCUAAGUACAAACGAUUUGAAGCGCGAGGCCACAAUAUGCCACAUGUUGAAACAUCCCCACAUUGUAGAGUUGCUCGAGACCUACAGUUCGGAGGGUAUGCUGUACAUGGUAUUCGAAUAUAUGGAUGGCUCUGAUUUAUGCUUCGAGGUUGUCCGAAGAGCGACUGCUGGAUUCGUGUACAGUGAGGCGGUUGCCAGCCAUUACAUGCGACAGAUCCUGGAGGCGUUGCGCUACUGCCACGAGAACGACAUAAUUCAUCGUGAUCUAAAGCCGCAAUGCGCCCUCCUGGCGGGCAAGGAAAAUUCCGCACCGGUGAAGCUACGCGGCUUCAGCGUCGCCGUGCAACUUCAGUCGUCGCAGGCAAACGGCGUCGGACCGACGUCCACGGGCUGCAAUUUCCCUUUCGAGGACCUGACCGACGCCGAGGAUUCGCUAGUGAGCGACACGGAAGACAAUAUCGGUCGCGUGGGAUGUCCACACUUCAUGGCACCGGAAGUGAUCCAGCGCAGACAGUACGGGAAGCCUGGUGACGUCUGGGCAGCGGGUGUUAUGCUUCAUAUACUGCUCACUGGCACGCUACCUUUCGUGGGUUCCCGAGAUCGGCUGCGGGAAGCCAUUUGCAGAGGACGAGUGCAGAUGGAAACGCCACUGUGGGAUUGCAUUAGCGAACCAGCAAAGGAUCUCAUACAGAGGAUGCUCACGACAGACGUAAAUCACAGGAUCACCAUACAAGAAGUCCUCAACCAUAAAUGGCUUAGAGAUCGUGACAAGGGCGUGGCGCGAAUACACUUAAGCGAAACUAUAGAGGAGCUCAAGAAAUUCAAUGCCAGACGAAAAUUGAAGGAAGCCGUGAAAGCGUCGGUUUCGUCGCAGAAGUGGCACGUCGGGUAUUCGGAAGUAAAUGGCGACAGUUUUUUGGACUCCGGAGACGAGGAAAUCAUGACCACAGGUGCUGUAGCUGACAUUUUGGACUCUUUGGACGACAUCGAGGUACUUCAAGAGAGUGGAAGACUGACGCGUAGUGAAAUACUGAAUGCGGUUGAUGAUUAUCGCCUUCGAGCGACUUUAGAGCUGUACGAUAGGAUUUCGACCCGGGUUUCAACGCCAUGCCGGGCGCCGCAGACAGACGCAGUUCAACGUGCGCGAGAAGUGGAAGAACUUCUUCGAGAGAUCGAGCAUUCGGCAAUAAGAAACAUCGAUAGGGCCGAUCUUCGGGAGCUCCACGAACUUCUGAUUCAGCCGCACAUGAGGGCGCUCCUGCAAGCGCACGACGUAGCUGGACACGAAGUUUACGGCGAAGAAGCCACUAGGGUAACGCCACCGCCUCUUCUUCCUUAUCUGAACGGUGGUGACGAUCUCGAGGGACAGAAUGGUGAUCUGGACCUCGAAAACGUAACGCGCGUAAGACUUGUCCAGUUCCAGAAAAACACCGAUGAGCCAAUGGGAAUCACUUUAAAAAUGAACGCAGAUGGAAAGUGCGUGGUGGCACGAAUUAUGCACGGUGGCAUGAUACAUAGACAAGCGACUCUUCACGUUGGUGACGAGAUUAGAGAAAUUAACGGGAUAUCAGUGGCCAAUCAAUCUAUCAAUGCCUUGCAAAAAAUACUCCGUGAAGCACGAGGAUCAGUCACCUUCAAAAUCGUGCCAUCUUACAGGAGCGCGCCACCACCCUGUGAGGUACAAUUGUUCAGGAUUAAGCCUCUGCCAGUGUUAAUUUUCGUUCGAGCGCAAUUUGACUAUGAUCCGUUGGAGGACGAGCUGAUACCUUGCGCGCAAGCUGGAAUCGCGUUUAAAACCGGGGACAUCUUGCAGAUCAUUAGCAAGGAUGAUCAUUAUUGGUGGCAGGCGCAGAAGGACAACGCGGCCGGUUCCGCGGGAUUGAUACCUUCGCCUGAGCUUCAGGAAGGCCGUAUCGCUUACAUGGCAGCGGAGAAGAACAAGCAGGAACAAGAUGCUGAAGGAGAAGGAGGAUGUUCUUCUCACACCGAAGGCUGCGACGGUUCGACAGUGAAUUGCUCAAUAUUUGGCCGAAAAAAGAAGCAAUACAAGGAUAAGUAUCUCGCAAAACACAACGCAGUGUUCGACCAGCUGGAUCUGGUCACCUACGAGGAGGUCGUUAAGCUUCCCUAUCCUGCAUUCCAACGGAAAACACUAGUGUUAUUAGGGGCACACGGCGUUGGCCGUCGACACAUAAAGAAUACAAUUAUCGCGAAGCACCCCGACAAAUAUGCCUAUCCUAUUCCACAUACAACGAGGCCUCCGCGGAACGAUGAAGAGAAUGGUCGCAAUUAUUAUUUCGUAUCACACGAUGAAAUGAUGGCUGACAUCGCUGCUAACGAGUACCUCGAAUACGGUACACACGAAGAUGCCAUGUACGGAACAAAGCUCGAAACGAUCCGAAAAAUUCAUGAAGAGGGAAGGGUAGCGAUAUUGGACGUCGAGCCACAAGCGUUGAAAGUGUUACGUACAGCAGAAUUUGCGCCUUAUGUCGUUUUCAUCGCUGCUCCGGUAUUCCAGAAUAUUACCGACUGUGAUGGAAGCCUGGAGAGACUCGCGAAGGAGUCGGACUCGCUGAAACAGGCGUACGGUCACUUUUUCGAUCUGACCAUCGUGAACAACGACAUCGAGGAAACGAUCGCGCAAUUGGAGGCGGCCAUCGAGCGGGUCCACACGACACCGCAGUGGGUGCCCGUAUCCUGGGUCUAUUGACAGCGAACCACGCCAAUUCGUCAAAUCACGAACGCUGACUGCAACGGCUCAUCGUACGGGAAGCAAUGAUCGACGGAUCGCGAUUCACCGAACGACCGAUCCAAGCGCAGUCGUUUCGCUGCGACCACGGUUGCUUUCUCAGCGCGUGCCCGCUCGAACUCGCGGUGCUCGCAGGGGAUCACAGUCGUAGCCGAUACGGGACAGACAGGCACGUACAUACACGUCGGACCAAUCGAACGAACAAACGAAUGACACAACUUGCCGUCGAUCCUUGGACCGAUCAAUAGCAUGUCGUCGACGCGAACGCGUGACUUUGGCCGUGUGUUCAUGGAGGUUUUUAUCAUUGCUACCGCAUCGCUGCUAUGAUUAUUCAUAACCGUUAUCGCUCCUAUCGUCAUCGCGUGGGGAGAACCAAAGAGACAAAGCUGACCGGUGCGAUCCCGAUGCGCAGAACACGACAAUCAAAAGAAAAAAAAAAGAAA